AAACAGCAUUUGUCCCAACCUGAAUUCUGUAUGACAUCAGUCUUCUUUACCAACUGUAAGAGUAGGUCUGAGCUGAUAUCGAACCAAUCAGGAGAUUGAUUCAAGGGAGUGGUGGGGAUGGUGGGGCUUUCCAGUGACGCAUGCGUACUCGUCACAUACAAAGGAACCAAAGCCCUGAGUGUCCCGAAAUUUGUAGCGUAAUACAUGUAGCUGUCAUCUUGUAAAUUAGUUGUGACUUUAGCCUCAGGGAUAUGAGACUCAGUAUUGUACGUACCUGUGUGCUUAUUCUUCUUCUGUCAGAUCAGCAGGCCGAAGCACCCAACAAAACUUGCAAUGAGAUAACAGAGUAUUCCCAUGCUGCAGCUGGAUUCUGCUGCAAGAAGUGUCCUGCUGGAACGUAUCUUAAACAUGACUGUCUCCAAGACCACGGUGCACCAACCUGUGCCAUAUGCCCCCCAGGCACAUACACUCAAUAUGACAACCACUUGCGGCACUGCCUGCGGUGCCACAUUCCAUGCAAUCCACUAUUUGGGUUCAUAGAGACAAAGACAUGUCAACCUCAUCACAACAGACAAUGCACCUGUGAGGAGGGAAUGCACAGGGUUCAUGAAGUGUGUGUGCUUAUACACCAGAAACCCUGUCCACCUGGACAAGGUGUUGUUCAAAAAGGUUCUCACAGAUCAAACCCGGUAUGUGAGGACUGCCCACCAGGCACAUUCUCGAGUAAACCAUCCGUAACUAAGCCAUGUCGAACUUGGCGAAACUGUGCGGCACAGGGACUGGAAACAAAGAUAGGUGGGACAUCCACCAGGAACACGAAGUGUGGAGGUCCUCUUGCUUCCCAGCAGACAAAGCCAGUCACUAUUCCGGUGACAUCAACUGGAAGUUCUGUGGCAGCUACCACAACAGCCACCACAGCUGCAGCUUUAAAUGCUUUUGUAGAUGCACUGAUUCCAACAUCCGGAACUCCACUGACAAGUCCGCAUAAAAUCACAGCCAAGAAAGAUGACACCAAUAUGGGACAGGUGCCAAAGGAUCUUGACAACAGCAACAAGAACACCAACCACCACUCUCAGUCUGCACAGCUACUAGCCCUCAUCUUCAUUGGUGUUGCCAUCCUUCUGAUCAUCAUAAUCACUUUGGUUUGGAAAAAAGUGAAGAAGCAAAGGGGAAAGCAAAAUGAUGACACUCCUAACCGUGGGCACGAUGGACCUGCUCAAGAGCAGCUUUUGGACCAACAGGAUGCACAGGAUGGGGAAGGUGCUGGGGUGGGUGACCAAGCCCCUGCAAAUGGUCAAGGCCAGCUGGAUGUAGCUCAGGGAACUGGUGAUGUACAUGAAGGUGCUGUGCAGCCACUGCAGUUAGUUGAUGCAACCAUGAUACAGAUGCAGCAACAAACUGCUCUUGUUGAUGCAAGACGGCAGCUAGUCAUCUAUUCUCAGUCAACUACAAUACAACAGCAGAAUGAUUUUGGAAGCCCAAACAAUGUACAAGUUGGACAGGGUAACCAUAUUAAUAUUGGAAUUGAGAACGGUGCAGCUCAGUCUGAAGAGUUUGAUGAAGAGUAGAGUAGUAAACUUCAAGUCAGUACUUUUAUGUUACUUAUAAUGAACAAAAGAGUGUAUAAAUGUAUCAUUAAUGUUCAUUAUCAUUGAUAUACAGAGUUUGUAUCUAGCUGCCAAAAAUGCUUGAGACAGCAUCUUUUUCAAUAUACAUAUAGUACUGAUUAUGUACAGCAAUGUUGAAUAGUUUUAUACAUGUAACACUAGUUCUCUUUUAUCUGCAGGGUUACUUAUAUCCAUUGUUUUUAAAUGCAGGAUAUUUAUGGAUAUCAAGUCAACGGA